AUGGCUGAUAACAAUAAUUAGGCAUAACUAAACAGCGAAUAUUUAAAUCUUAAAGUCAAAUCAUAAGAUGGAGAAGAAAUAUUUUUCAAAAUUAAAAAAACCACAUAAUUUAAAAAACUAAUGGAUGCAUAUUGCUAAAGAGUCCAAGUUAAUUUAAAUAAUGUGAGAUUCUUGUUUGAUGGAGACAGAAUUUUAGAAUCACAUACACCAGCAGAUCUUAAAAUGGAAAAUAAUGAUGAAAUAGAUGUCGUUAUUGAACAAACAGGAGGAAUAUGA